AUGGCGAGGUUCGAACUAGAGAAGUUCGAUGGAUCAACUGAUUUCGCACUAUGGCGAGAGAGUUUGAAGGGUAUACUUGUGCACCAAAAGGUGGUAAAGGUACUCGAAGAUGAAAAGUUGCUAGCUGAGAAGAAGCGAGAGGAAAUUGCAAAAAUGGAGGAGAUGGCAUACUACACCAUCAUUAUGUACCUAUCCAAUGGAGUUAGAAGAAAGCUAAUCCAAGAAAAGACCCUAAAAGAAUUGUGGAACAAACUAGAGAAGUUGUACAUGGCACCAUCAAUCUCGAGCAAAAUUAAUCUUCUUGAAAGAUUAUACGGGUUUAGAAUAAACUCUUCUCUUUCCUUAGAUGAAAAUAUUGAUAAAUUUAAUGAAAUAAUUGUUGGUUUAGCUAACAUUGAUCAUAAGGUAGAAAAAGAAAGUCAAGCAAUCAUAUUGCUCAGAUCAUUGCCAAUAGAAUAUCAAGAAGUUAAAGCAGCAAUCAAGUAUGGCAGGGAUGUGAUCUUGUUGGAGGGUGUUCAUGCAGCAUUAAAGUGA